AUGGGUCCAGGCGAAUAUUAUUCAGUCUUGCUCACCCGCAGGCGGCGACAGUUGGCCCAGCUCACUGAGGUCCUUGAAAUUGUUGCGGAAGAGAUGCCGAUGAACCCCACGGACACCCUCGAGAUUGCUGCUGGCGGAAUCAUGGCCAACGAUCCUUCUUUUGUCCUUGAGAUCGAGAAGAAUUCACAGCUCGUGGCUGCCACCGUGGUGGAGAUCGGUGGAUGGGCGGGAUGGCUCACGCGUGAGACUACACCGAAGGACCCUUCGAGAGGUAGAGACAUGGGGCUCGAUGAUGAUGACCUUGCGCUGCUAGAAAUGGGAAUCGACAAUGAUGAUAUCCAGGCUAAGGAGGCAGAGGACACACUCCGUCGGUAUGCUUCCAGCCUGUUCGGAACUCCAUGGAUCAAUGAAGAUGCAGAGAUCGAAGGAUGGGAGAUCGGCUCUCGGCUAUUGGACCGGGUUAGGAAUGGUAGACAACUCACCGAAAAGUUGCUCGCUGACCUUCCACUGCCAUCUACCCCCCGUGUCGAAAAGCUUCUCAGAUACACACGAGAUGCACGUCUCGAUGAGGCAGCAUCCACCAUCUCCUACAAAUGGGCGCAGCACCUGCAAGCGACGUCGCAGAGCUAUGGCGACAUCUUGCACUUCCUUUCGCUUGCGGCGCCGUUCAAUCACAAUGCACGGGCCAGCUUGCACGAAACCACCACACACCUCCUGGAGCAAUCGCUGCUCUCCUCGUGUCCCUACCCGGCGGAGGAAGACCUUGACCCUCGGUUGAAGCACCUGCUCUCCUCGCCGUCCGAAUGCGAGUCUGAGAUCCUCCGCUUCGAGCUCUCCGGCUAUGCCGCGCUCCGGGCGUUUUACGAUCUCCGGAAAUCGGCCCCCGAGGCAGCGGUCAAAGCGCUGACCGCCGUCAUUCGCGCUGCGGGGGAACCGAUCGACGGAGGCUCGUGGGAUAGGGACUGGGAGAGCCCGGUUGAGCCCACGGUGUUGCCGGCUGUCCUCAGGGAGCUCCUGGGCUGCGCUGAUGCGCUCGGCACUGCAGAUGCGCUCGACGUAUGCAAGGUGCUCACCGAUUGGGAGACUUGCGGCGAGAACCUUAGAAAGGUUUCCGUUGAAGUCGGUCCCGAGGGCAGCUGGAUCGACCUGGGCAGGGAGGGUGAUGUGGUGAAGAGAGUCAGGGAGAAACUCUGUAAGGUGCUUGCAAGGGGAUGGGUUAACUAG